AUGGAAGAGCGAAUCAAGCGGAUGGAGUCAGCUAUAAUUGCUUCCGGGCUACAGGGGCCAGCGGGCCUAGUAAACAUGAAGGAAAAAGAAAAGGAGGAAGAGGAAAAAACUUCCUCUGAUAGAAUCGAAAGUCAGGCCAAGCUAUCCAACCAACUCGCAAACCUGGUGAUUGACUCUAAUGGGUCUUCUAAUUUUAUCGGAUCGGCAUCUGGCUUCUCACUUUUCUCCCCACAAGGUAUUCAAUGGAUCUUACAAAAGGUGGGAGACAAGGAUGAGCUAGCACAGCUGUAUCACAUACUUGCGAAACAUGACUUUGAAUCUUGGGGCACCGGCAAUACCAAUCUCUGGGCUCCCAAGUCACGGUCACAGCACUCACCUCUUCCCACGAAAGAAAUCGCAUCAGAAUACGUUAAUUGCUACUUUACUACUUUCAACAACGUGUACCCUGUCAUUAAUCGGGACGUAUUCGACUCCUACUUUGAAAGACAAUAUUCAAUAAAUCCCCCACCAAGUAGCGCAUGGUAUGCACUGCUAAAUGCAGUGUUGUGUUUGGGUAGCAUUCGAACAACAGCCGAGCGAGAGAGGCACGUAAGAAGUAGCCGUCUCAUCGAUUAUACAUCAAUUGCGCAUGAAACUGGUGUUGGAUAUUUCCGCAACGCAAGUAGUUGUUUCCACGACUUGUUCUUCAGCGAAGCAAACUUAAUGGCAAUGCAAGCUAUAACUCUUAUGAUGUUCAUCACAACUUCAAGUCCAAAUCCGCAAAUUUCUUAUACAAUAACUUCUGCAGGUAGGAAUUUAGCAUACACUCUAGGCCUCCACCGAAGCCUGGACGGCUGCGGUCUUGCUCCAGAGGAGAUUGAACAACGUCGAAAUGUCUUUUGGGUGUUUUAUCAGCUGGAGAAGGCGAUAAGCCAUAAAUUGGGCCGGCCAUCAGUCAUAAACGACGAUGAUAUCGCUGUAGAAUUACCACCCAAGAAGCUUGGAUUAUUCCGGUCACCUAGCGGCGCAGAGAUUUAUGACAUUUUCCAGGAUCAAAUCACCCUAGCUAUCAUUCGAAGUCGCAUAUACACUGAACUAUACUCGGCCAGUUCGCAGACCAAAUCCGAAGAGCAUCGUUUGAAGAUGUUAGGUAAAUUGGACAACCAUCUUCAGCGCUGGCGAGAUGGGAUGCCGAUUGAUAUCCGCCCGGAGCAUCCUAUCAAUUCCUCAGACGAGCAGUAUGUCUCAGUGGUUAUGAUGCAUUUCACGUAUUUGGACGCGGUGAUACUGUUACACCGCAUAUCUGGCCAUCACCAAGCACUGCAUUUGAGAGAUAGAAAGGCUACAGAUAUUGAGAGCAACGAUUCGCGACAGCGACCAUUGAAUCCUAGAGUCAAUGCAAGCCAGUUGCUUUGUCUAGCUGCUGCACGAAGGUCAAUCCAGCUAUUAGAUACAAUCAGCAGCAAUAAUCUGCAAAAUCAGCAUUUCAUGUGGUAUGCGCUCUAUUAUCCACUCAGUGCAAGCCUUGUGCUCUUCACGAAUAUUCUUUCGAACCCACAAGAUCAAAAUGCUGCCUCCGAUGUUCAGUUGAUGAAUCUCAUUACUUCGUUCAUCGCUCACUCUGUCCAACCUGGGACAUCGUUCGCCGACACCCCGACUCUGAGUGUCUUUAAAGAACUUUACGGUAUUGCAACGCGGCUUGUCGCAAAGGUACCUCAACGAUCUAGUCAGAAGAUGAAGAGACAGCCCGAAGGCGAUGAUCCUGCUACCAUGCAAGCACACUAUUCCUCGUCAUCAACUAGUGGGCUGCCUCUAUACGCCGACUCCAACGCGCAAACAAUGACAUCUUUUGCGCUGUACGAAUCACUAAAAACGUAUUCGGAGCCAGACACAACCUCGACAGUAAAAUCGUCGUCAGAUGCAAAUGCCAGCAAACAAGCUAUACAACAUACUAAAAACGAUAGUUCCCAAUUCUCACAGCAGGAUCCAUCAACCACACAUAGCUCCCCUCUCGACCUGGCACCAUUCAUCAUUCCUCCUGAACAGCCAAGUCUGAUAGACUUCAAUCCAACAAUGUCUUAUGAUCCAUUGCUUGAGUCAGGAAUGAAUUUUGAUUGGGAUAUGGAUGACACAUGGAUUUCCACAUCCGAAUUGACGCUAGAGUUUUUAAACUCGACUGAUAUGAGGGGCUUACCCUUGCAGGAUGACGAAGGGGCUGCUGGUAGUAUUAAUCAGGGCAUUGAUUACUUUAAUCGGAAACUUGGAGAUGAGAGGAAUCACGGCCAUCAGCAACAAUAUUGAUUAGAGAUGCAACAGACAUAACUAUGUAGCUUUAGAAGCAUCAGUGUACAUACAUCUAAGCUUUAUUGUG